AUGUUGAUACUGAUGGCAGCAAUCACAAUUUUACUAUCAAAAUAUGAAAAUGGUACAUUUCAGAAAAACAAAAUGAGUGAAGAUGGUGUGAAGCAACGGCAUGAUAAAAACAAAACUUGCGAAAAUGAUAAUAAUGAGCAACACACCACUGAACAAGAUGAAAUGACGAAACCUUCCACAAGUGAAAAAAUCACUGGAGUUUUCAGUAGAUUUGUAGAAAGUUUCGAAGGCGCUCUUCAAAAUGUGCUAGAAACCAGCUCUGGUAGAAAAAAGCUGAAUACCCUCUCAAUAGAAGGAGUGGCUGAGUACAUCAAAUUGCAUAAACCACAAAAUAUUAUUGUUAUGACUGGGGCAGGAAUAUCAACUUCUGCAGGAAUCCCUGAUUUUCGAAGUCCAGAUACUGGGCUAUAUGAUAAUCUUCAAGAGUAUAAUUUAUCCGAUCCCAUGGAAAUUUUUUCACUUCCUUACUUCUUGAGAAAUCCUGAACCUUUUUACUCUGUUGCGAGAAAAAUGUUUCCAAAGGACAUUAAGCCUACACCCACACAUUAUUUUGUCCAACUGCUAGCAAAAAAAAAGAUCUUAAGAAGAUGGUUCACACAGAAUAUUGAUGGGUUGGAGCAUAUGACAGGAGUAGCUGAAGAUUUGAUUGUGGAAGCACAUGGUUCGCACAGAAUAAGCACUUGCUUGAAAUGUCGAAAGAAAUAUGAUUUAAAAUGGAUCGAAGACGAACUCGACAAGGAAGGUGUGAAGUAUCCCAAAUGUGUGCAAUGUGAAGGGAUUGUCAAACCUGAUAUUACUUUUUUCGGAGAGAACCUCCCUGGUCGAUUCUUCAAAUGUGCUAUCAGCGAUUUUCCAAAAUGUGAUUUAUUAAUCAUCAUGGGAACAUCACUAGUUGUACAACCCUUCGCUGGUUUGAUUGGAGAAGUAGCUGGUGACGUUCCUCGCUUGUUGAUAAAUUUGGAAGAAGCUGGACAGAUAGGAAAAAGUGAAAUGGCCUCUGAAGGCUUGUGCUAUGGUCAUAAAAGCAACACAAGAGAUGUGUUUCUGAAGAAGAAGUGCGAUGAUGGUGUAAAACAUUUAGCUGAGCUUCUAGAUUGGGAGUUAGAACUGGAAGCAUUAAUUCAGGAGGGUGAAGCCCGCCAUGCCGCAAAGCUUAAUUCGCAAUAA